AUACCUUCGUCGGGUUUGCCUAAGGUCUUCGGACCUUCAAUGUCUAAUUCUAAAUCUAUAAGGCCUUUAUUUUCUCCUCCAAAAAUGAAUAAGCAGGAUAUCAUUUUGAAUGAAGGGAGUUGGUUAAAUGGGGCUAAGAAGAGUUUAAAUAGGCAUGAGGGGUCUGUAUCUGAGGUGCAGAAGGUGGGGGAUCAUGAGGUUAUUAAUGCUUUGGUAACUGAGAAAGUAGAUGUUUCCAAAGAUCCUAUUCAGCCUCCCUUGUUUUGUCAAGAUUCUACACAGGUUUUAAAGGAAUUGCAAAGGUUAAACACUAGGGAGAAAACCAAAGGGUCUGAUACAGAUGACGAUGGUGGUUAG